UACAAUAAAAUAGCCAAAUCAACACACCUAGCACACAUACAAAACAAACCUUUCGAGACAACUGCUUUGCACAAUCUCAGUUCCCUUUUUAAAUUUGUCUUCUCCUAUUGACUUUUGAGUUUCUCAUCAAAUCUCCAAACGUACAAUGGGAAACCAAGAAGUAGAGCUCGUCAUCAUCCCUCACCCGUUCUCCGGGCACAUCCUCGCCACAAUCGAACUAGCGAAACGUCUCAUCAGUCAAGACAACCCUCGGAUCCACACCAUCACCCUCCUCUACUGGGGACUACCCUUUAUACCUAAAGCUGACACGAUCGCCUUCCUCCAGUCCCUAGUCAAAAAUGAGCCUCGUAUCCGUUUCGUUACAUUGCCCGACGUCGAAACCCCUCCACCGAUGAAGCUCUUUCAGGAAGCUCCUGAAGCUUACAUUCUUGAAUACGUAAAGAAAAUGGUUCCCAUCGUGAGGGAUGGUCUCUCCACUCUCUUGUCUUCACGUGAUGAGUCGGAUUCAGUUCGUGUGGCUGGAUUGGUUCUCGAUUUCUUCUGCGUCCCUAUGAUCGAUGUGGGAAACGAGUUUAAUCUCCCUUCUUACAUUUUCUUGACGUGUAGCGCAGGUUUCUUGGGUAUGAUGAAGUAUCUCCCAGAGAGACACCUCGAAAUCAAAUCAGAGUUUAACCGGAGCUUUAACGAGGAGCUAAACCGGGUUCCUGGUUACAUCAAUUCUGUGCCUACCAAGGUUCUGCCAUCAGGUCUGUUCAUGAAAGAGACGUACGAGCCUUGGGUUGAGCUGGCUGAGAGGUUCCCUGACGCUAAGGGUAUUUUGGCAAAUUCAUUCACGUUUCUUGAGCCUAACGCUUUUGAAUAUUUCGGUGGUUGUCCGGAUAAUUACCCACCCGUUUACCCAAUCGGGCCAAUACUCUGCUCCAACGAUCGUCCGAACUUGGACUCAUCGGAACGAGACCGGAUCAUAGGAUGGCUCGAUGAUCAGACCGAGUCAUCGGUGGUGUUCCUCUGCUUCGGGAGCUUGAGGAAUAUUCCUGAGACUCAGAUCAAAGAGAUCGCUCAAGCCUUGGAGCUCGUUGACUGCAAAUUCCUCUGGUCGAUACGAACCGACCCGAAGGAGUACGCGAGCCCGUACGAUGCUUUACCAGACGGGUUCAUGGACAGGGUUAUGGAUCAAGGCCUAGUUUGUGGUUGGGCUCCUCAAGUUGAGAUUCUGGCCCAUAAAGCAGUCGGAGGGUUCGUGUCUCACUGCGGUUGGAACUCGAUAUUGGAGAGUUUGGGAUUCGGCGUUCCGAUCGCCACGUGGCCGAUGUACGCAGAACAACAGCUAAACGCGUUCACGUUGGUCAAGGAGCUUGGUGUGGCCAUGGAGUUGCGGAUGGAUUACGUGUCGGAAGAAGGACAUAUAGUGAAAGCUGAUGAGAUCGCAGGAACCGUUAGAUCUUUGAUGGACGGUGAGGAUCGUGUGCUGAAGAGUAAAGCGAAGGAUAUUGCUGAGGCGGCGAAAGAGGCUGUCGUGGACGGUGGAUCUUCGUUUGCUGCCAUUAAAAGAUUUAUCGGUGACUUGAUCAUCGCCGAUGGUUUAUGAAAACGCCGUCGUUUUCAUUUGUUUCGGCGUGUGGCGAUCAUGUUUUGUUUUUUUUUUUUUAAAUCGUAAUUAUCAUUUUAUUUUAAUAAUAGAAGACUGUGUCUUCUUCUUACAACUUUUCCAAUUUCAUAUUUGCCUCCAUGUUGUAUUGUAUCUCGUGUUUUUAAUGAUUCUUAAAAAAUAAUUAUUCUGCUC